GAUUCUUGGCAGCGGCCUGGUCACGGGACGGCUGUACCUCGGAUGAGAUUCGGAGGUCAACCCGACUUCGGAACACGGAACAUCCUUUUUCCACCUGCUUCUAUUGAUCAAUACCGAAUACGAUCUCACCUCUAUCGUCCCAAUUUUACAAGUACAUCCUUCAGAUGGUCCUUGUGGAUCACUAGCCAUGCUGCGGACAAGAGAAAAGCAGUCCAAUACUUCCCAAGGGCUUUUGAACCAACCUGGGUCAUGGAACAGCCAUUUACUCGUUCAGCACACAGCGACAUCGCAGUCAUUGCGCCCAGUGGGGGGAUCUAGUAGCGAAUGGUAUGGUUCUGGCAGUAUCUCCGACGUGGAAAAAGGCUAUAUAUAUGAUGAAUGGAUUCGUGCUGGAAAACCGCACAACUUGGUCUGCUCUAGUUGCCGUAAUCCAGGCAACUUGAUAUUGUGUGAAACUUGCUGCAGGUCUUACCAUGCUCCCUGCCUGUCAUCGCAAGAUAGCUCCAUAUUGUCUGGGCCGUUCUACUGCCCAUCCUGCAAACACAAACGGUGGGAUCAGUCACCCCCUCAAUUCGACAGGUCCGCAGCUUCCUCAAACGCCUCACGGAGCAGCACUCCCGGUGUAACUGGCUAUAGCCGAGUCGCCAGUCCCCAUGAAUAUGCUCGUAUAGAUGGGCGGCGGCCUCUGGCAGCUCUAGGCUCAUUGGCAGGACCCACCCAGGCCCUGCCUAUACGAUCUUCGCCUGAAGUCGACCGUCAACAGCCAUCGGGACAUCACGGGAAUUUCGCAACUCCGGAAACUGACGUCUUGUCCCGCGCCAGGAACCUUCUUGUUGAUUAUGGCCAGCUUGAUGUUGAUAAAGAUAUAAGGCCCGAACUCUUGCUGAAACUGGCGUCUAUGAUGUCAGAGCUCGAAGCCCAACCAUCACUGCAACAGGAGGUCCAGGAACUGAAGGCAGAAAAUAUUGCCUUGCGAAACGAGAAUGCCAACUUCCGGGCAUACUUCACCUCCAGGUUGCCAACCAACGAGCCCAUGAUAAACUCAUCGUCAAUUAAUACUCCGAUCUUGCCAAGGCCGCCGUCAGAUACGGACGGGAAGUCUUGGGAUAGAAUCGUGAUGGAUCUAAUCUAGUCCUGUCCAUGUAUAACUAACAUGCACACACUCCUCAUCAUUAC